AUGUUCCGCCCGCAACUCUUCCGCGGUCUAAGCGUGGACUCCGCUGAUUCCACGGAAUACCAUCUCGACAGGAGUCGGCGGGCGUCUCUCAGCGCUGAACAGCGGAGGAAGCUCAGCAUGCUGAGAACGUCGAGCAUACCCACGCCGCUGAGUCCGGUGAGCCACAUUUACCAUAUGGUACACUGCCCAAGAAAAUGCUGUAAUCAGAAGUACGUAGUUAGCACAGACAGAAGUGGAGACAUUCAUGUUCAUGUACAGGGGGAUUUAUCGCAGCAAGACAAAAGAUGCGUUUUUCUCACAGUCCACGACCUUGGCACCAAUCAUACUUCGAUGGUGGAUUUCGUAAACAGUCCAGCGAUGUCUGAGAUAAAGGAACGCUCGUGUUUUAUUCACGUAGAUGUUCCAGGCCACGAGGAGAAUUCUCCAGAUCUGCCUGAAUCCUAUCCGUUCCCAUCUCUGCAAACUUUGGGUGAAGACAUUGUGACAGUUCUGGACUUCCUUCACGUCAGCUACGCUGUCGGUCUUGGUGAAGGUGCCGGAGCGAAUGUCCUGGCUCGUUGUGGACAAGCACAUCCGAGGCGUCUCCUAGGUUUGAUCCUGGUGAACUGCACCGCCUCCACAUCAUCAGUGGCGGACGCCUUCCGGUCGAGGUUCUCUCGCUGGCGAGGUGCCGAUAUCUCGCAGUCAGAGGAAGAUUUCCUCAUCUACCACAAGUUUGGACACCAAAUCUCGAGCGAUUCGUGCGAAGUAGCUGAACGAGAGCGAAUGCUAGCGGAAUAUCGUUCUCGUUUGCGCGGGAACCUCAACACGCAUAAUAUAAAGCAAUAUGUCCGCGCCUUUAUACAUCGUAAAGACCUGAUACUCCGAGGAUGCCGUCCAGACAUUCUCUUGAUAACUGGCAUGCAGAGCCCGUACGCAGGUGUCGUCGAGAAAAUGUACAAAGAACUCGACAAGGACAAGGUCACCAUAUUAAAAGUGGACAAAGUUGGCGACGUGCUUGCUGAAGCGGUAAGGAACUUAAACCCAGCUAAAUUAUAA